CCAGGACAGACAAUUCCCUCGGGGAAAAGGAGUUUCGUUAAGGAGAGGGAUGGAACUACUAGAAUCCUAACCGACAAGGAACACGUCGUCGUUUUCAGGCUUAAAAGAAGUUAAACCGAAACCGUCUCUAUAAAACCAUUAACCAUACAAGGCUGUUCUUCGUUUUCCAUAAGUAUAUGAUCGCUGCAUUCUAGUUGUUGGUUUUCUUAAUUCUUUUUUUUAUUCCAAAGAGUUUGAUAGCAAGGGCGAGGGGAGGAGAGAUGGGGUUCAUUAUAGAAGGAGACGAAGAGAACGACGUCGUACUGGAGCCGCCGGCUAAUUUUUCGAUGGUUGAAGAAGGCAUUUAUAGAUCUAGUUUCCCUCAACCCUGCAAUUUCGCCUUCUUAGAAACCUUAAAGCUUCGAUCCAUCAUAUAUUUGUGUACAGAGCCAUAUCCAGAAGAAAAUUUGGAGUUUCUUCGAUCUCAUAAUAUCCGGCUUUUCCAAUUCGGGAUUGAAGGGAAAACGGAGCCUUCUGUUGCUACUCUCAAGAAUUCCAUCAGGGGUGCUCUCAAGAUCCUAAUUGAUGUGAGAAAUCAUCCUGUUUUGAUCCAUUGCAAACGUGGAAAGCAUCGCACAGGUAGCCUUGUUGGUUGCUUGAGGAAAUUGCAGAAUUGGUGCUUGUCAUCUGUAUUUGAGGAGUAUCAACGUUUUGCUGGCAUCAAAUCCAGGACUACAGAUUUGAGAUUUAUAGAAACAUUUGAUAUCAUAAGCCUCAGGCAGUGCCUUCACAGCCUCAUUUAUCAGUACCAAGGAUACGGUUCAAAGAAGAGGAGGUUGCUUUACAGCGAAGAGACUGUACAGAAGCCCCAAAUAACCUCGGUUUAAACAAAUCCACACAUUGGUUAUACUCUGGAGUUCAAAAAGUGGUUACUUAAUGUCAGUUUUGCAGUCGCUCAUAUACAACUUUUAAAACACAUUGUGUAAAGUACUUUUCGCUUUCGCCUUCUUGGUGUACUUCUCUCUUUCAAUUUUAGUUCAUACACAUAGGGGAAGUAAUUUUGCACUGUAGUUCUAUUCCACCAUAAGAACAAUUUGCAUUUCAUUGAAAUUUUUACAGGGAGGAUCAAUCAAGAAUUUGUACUCUCUCUCUCUCUCUCUCUGUGAAUGUAUUUCAGUCUGUACUGUCUUUACAGUGAAGUGUUGGGAUAGCAUUCUUUGUUUA